CCAGCGGGGGUAAAAUCGGGAGGAGCGAAAUCUUUAAGCCUCGCUUCGAACCCAUCGCCUCGCCCGACGGCGGCGCCACGGCUGCGCUGCGGGGGCUUGGGAUUCGUCGGCCAUGAUGCAGAGCUCGCUGCGCGCGCCGAUCCGGCCGGCCUGCGGGGGCCCUGGCUACCGGAGCCGGCCCGGGUCGGUCUCCGUGGCCCGGUGCCACGCGGAGGCCGCGCCGCCGGCUACGGCGGUGGGUAGGGCCACGGGGCCGUACACCGGCAGGGACCCGGAGGUGAAGAAGCCCGCGUGGCUGCGGCAGCGGGCGGCGCAGGGGGAGAAGUACGCGCGGCUGCGGGAGUCGAUCGGCGAGCUCAAGCUCAACACGGUCUGCGUCGAGGCCCAGUGCCCCAACAUCGGCGAGUGUUGGAACGGAGGGGGAGGGGCGGGCGGGGAAGGCGACGGCAUCGCCACGGCGACCAUCAUGGUGCUCGGUGAUACUUGCACGCGCGGCUGCAGGUUCUGUGCCGUGAAGACUAGCAACAAGCCUCCACCACCGGACCCCCUGGAGCCUCUGAACACGGCGUUGGCUGUUGCAAGCUGGGGAGUGGACUAUGUUGUACUCACCAGUGUUGACAGAGAUGACUUGCCUGAUGGUGGUAGCAGCCAUUUUGCUCAGACAGUCAGAGCUUUAAAGGAGCUCAAACCAGGGAUACUGGUGGAGUGCUUGACCUCAGAUUUUCGAGGUGACCUGGAGGCUGUUUCAGCUUUGGCCAACUCUGGUCUAGAUGUAUUUGCGCACAACAUCGAAACUGUGAGGAGCCUGCAAAGAAUCGUCAGGGAUCCUCGAGCAGGAUAUGAUCAGAGCUUAGCUGUUCUGAAGCAUGCAAAAAGUUGCAAAGAGGGUAUGAUAACUAAGUCCUCUAUCAUGCUUGGUCUUGGAGAGACUGAUGAGGAGGUGAAACAAGCCAUGAUUGACUUAAGGAGCAUUGGUGUUGAUAUCUUGACACUGGGCCAGUACUUGCAGCCAACCGAAAGACAUUUGACAGUAAGGGAGUAUGUAACUCCUGAGAAGUUCCAAUUUUGGAAGGAGUAUGGAGAAUCGGUGGGUUUCCGAUAUGUUGCUAGUGGACCCCUGGUUCGGUCUUCAUAUCGUGCAGGAGAGCUCUUUGUCCAAAACUUGGUCAGGAAUAACAAACCUAAGCUUUCACCUGCUUCAUCUUAGCCAAAUAAUCUUCGUACAAAGUGAACUAUCGGAUUCUUUCUGUGCCUAUAUUUGUAGCAGUAGAACAAAAGGAGGGCAACAUAAUCAUUCUAUUCUUCAGAAAGUCUAUCCCUGCCUCUUUCUGGGUAUGCAUACUACACUCUUGUUUUUCUACUGUAGUUACCCUCCUGAAUAGAUUCAGAGAACUCGAGGACCCAAUUUCCAAUUUUCAUUGUUGUAUUAUUUCUUUUGACGCCACACACACGGAAACAAUUGUAAGAAUAGUAGUCAGAAUGAAGCUACUCCCGUGUCGUUGAUUA